AUGGUACUAUUCAUUACAACGACUUGUAGCUAUGUUAUAGAAUCGGAUGAUUUAAGAAAUAGUCUUACCGAUCAACAAUUUGGAUUGAAUAUACCUUCAUAUUAUGAUCGUGUUUUUCGCUCAACAAAAUUUCCACGUAUUGGUCGUUCACUAUCUGAUACAGAAGAUAUUUCUUCUAUGUUUGAUGCAAAUACAAACAUUGAAGAUAAUGAAGAAAAUAAUUAUGAUAAUGAAUUACGAUGGAAUGAACAACGAAGUGUUUUUUUUCCACGUAUUGGUAAACGUGCAUUUCAUAAUUUAGUUUGGGGACAUAGUUUAUCAAAUCCACAUUAUAUCUUAGAUGCACAAGGUCGAUAUCAUAUCAACAAUGGUUAUGAUUAUCAUAAUCAUCAAAUUCAACCAACAUCAAUGAAACAUUAUCGAGGCAAAUAA